UUGAAGUGAAGAAGAAAAAUGGGGGACAAGAGGAAGAAGACGUUCAUGUUCAUCCGUCUUGUGUCAGCUGCUGGAACUGGAUUCUUCUAUGUCAAGAGGAAGAGUUCCAAGGGACUUCUUGAGAAGCUCGAGUUCCGUAAGUACGAUCCUCGAGUCAACCGUCAUGUCCUCUUCACUGAGCAGAAGAUGAAGUGACAGGGAUUAAAAACUCUACAUUUCAAGAACCAACCAAGUAGUUUUACUUCUUAUCAAAAUCAAAUAACUUGUCAGGUUCAGUCUUGAGGUUUAAGACUUUGUAAGUUUCAUGAUUACUGUCUCAGGAGGGUUUAUAAAAAAAAAAAAAAGCAAAAGACUCUUAUCACCAAAAUCUUGCUGUCAAAGAAUGACUAAUUGACACAAACUAUAUAGAAUAAAACUUAUAUAAAUCAUCA